AUGCCAUUGCAUUUAUUUAUUUUUAAUGAUAAAUUGUCAAUAAGUGGAUAUACUGAUAAAAGGUUGGAAAAUCAAUUGAAGCAAGCUGUCAUUACUUGGUAUUUAAAAAUAUUUUCUUCAGUUUGGUUCAUAUACUCUUUUUAAUAAAUAAAAAACAGUUGUUUUCUAUCAAAAAAUAUAUAUGUUAGUUAAUUAUAUCUAAUUAAAAUGAGUAUAUAUAAUUCUGAAUAUUCAAAAUGCAAGCGAAUAGAAGAAAGUGUUGUGCCCCGAAGCGAUUUAUCUUGAAGUUCUCGGCCUAUAUGAACAUUUGGCUCAAGGGUAGGAGAUCAGUCAGAACCAACACCACAUUUUACCGUGUAUGCUAAAGUUAAUAGCAAAUUAUAG